AGGCCUCGCUUCAUUCACAGAAAUGUGGGGAUGCUAGCCAGCCUUUUCAUUCACACGCACAGAAUCUCAUUCACAUUUUUGCAGUUUCGCUAGCCGCUUUUAACGAAGAGAGGCAUUUGGGAGCAAUAGGGUUUUCUGGGCAGUAGAGACAUGUAAAAAUAGGCUAUGGUGUGUUUAUUUGCUGUUGCUAUGCUAGGAGAAUGAAGAGAGGAAUGAAUGCUGUGUGGAUGCUGUAGCAGGUUCGCAGUGUGGUGAUGAAAGGCUAUUCUGCAGAUCACUAGAAAAAACCUGCUUUUACAUUGACUAGGACAUUGCCAUUACUCAUCACUGCUGGGAUAAAAGAUUCGCAAAUAUGUGACGUAGAAGAGCAUUCAAACAGAAGAACAAACCGUGGUGUUUUCAUAAAGGCUGUUAAUUCAGUUUUAAAGGAAGUGAUUUGCAGUGUUCACUGAGCCUUUUGUUGAAAAGGGUCCUUCUCAUUUGUGUGAGUCAUGCUUUUGCUGUGAGCGAGUUGGCAGCUCUAAGCAGGACUGGGAUCUCUCUCACAGAAAACUGUUACUUCACCCAACCUUAACAGGGAACUACAAGAAAUUUCUUAAACAUAUAUAUAUAUUUUUGUUUUUCCUUACAGUCUUUUAUUUUUUAAUCCAAAAUCUUGUUAUCCUUCCGUGUUGUUAUGAAUCGCCUGCUAUGUUAGCACAGGCAUCUCCUGCGUUGGCAUCAGAUUUGCCAGAACAUAUGCAGGAAACCAGAUAGAAGGGCAUGCUUCAACGUACCAAGUAUAACCGCUUCAGGAAUGAUUCGGUGACAUCAGUUGAUGAUCUUAUUCACAAUUUGUCCAUGAACAGCAAAGUCUCAGCAGUUGCUACGACUUCGACAGCACCUUCGUACCUGGUCUCGCCAGAAGUUCUCCGCAAGGACCAUGAAGAUGGACCCACCACCCUGUGUACCCUCAUGCAUAAAAUGUCCCACUUGAAACUCUCUCACACAGGCAGCCUUUUGGGUAUCAAAAACCUCUCCUCUGCAGUAAAGGAGCUUGCUGUCUCCAAGUUGCAGGGAAGCUCGAGUGCUUCUAGCUCAGCAGCAGGGGCUUCAGACAACACAUGUAACCUUGUCUCUGCCACUUCGUGUUCUCAGCAGGACGUGAGCAAGAUGAGUAUGGGGAAAAAACCACGGUCAGAGGAAGUGCACCCAGGAGGUGAAGACUGGAAUCAAAGUAGCAGCUUUGUCAAUAAACCCUCUCGAGGAUGGCUGCACUCGAGUGAGAAGAUCCUGGGACCUGGUGUGACGUACAUCGUGAAGUACUUGGGGUGUAUAGAAGUCUUACGCUCAAUGAGAUCUCUUGACUUCAAUACUAGAACACAGAUUGCAAGGGAAGCAAUCAGUCGUGUUUGUGAAGCUGUACCUGGUACCAAAGGAGCCUUCAAGAAACGAAAGCCACCAAGCAAAGUUCUUUCUAGCAUCUUGGGAAAGAGCAAUCUUCAGUUUGCAGGAAUGAGCAUAAUGCUGAAUAUCUCCACCACCAGCUUAAACCUAAUGACUCCGGAUACAAAACAGAUCAUAGCGAAUCACCAUAUGCAAUCCAUUUCCUUUGCGUCUGGAGGUGACCCGGAUACAACUGACUAUGUUGCAUAUGUAGCUAAGGAUCCUGUUAAUCGAAGAGCUUGUCAUAUACUGGAGUGCUGUGAUGGCCUGGCCCAGGAUGUCAUCAGCACCAUAGGGCAAGCAUUUGAGCUUCGAUUUAAGCAGUACUUGCGAUGCCCCUCUAAGAUAUCUACUUUCCAUGAUAGGAUGCAGAGUUUUGAUGAGCCAUGGAUGGAGGAAGAUAAUGAAGCAACAGAACAUCCAUAUUACAACAACAUCCCAAAUAAAAUGCCCCCCCCUGGUGGCUUCAUUGAUGCCAGGCUCAAAACAAGACUUCCCACUGCUGCAGAUACAGCUCAGUCUGCAGCAGGAGUGGGAGGAGACCAGACCUAUUACCAGAGUCGUCACUUAGGAGACAAAUUCAGUGAAGACUGGCCUCAUGGCCUGGUUAAGCAAGGAUCUCUGGAUAUCUGUAGUAUGCCGGAAGGGAAAUCACAAGUAACCCCAACAGUGGAGAUGCCAGCAUAUGUAAACACCCAGCAUAUAGAUAUAGAAGCUCUAUUGGCACUUCAGGCAGAUGCUGAAAUUACCUUCAGUGGAACAGCAGAUGACACCAAAGAGAGCAGCCCAGGAAAGGAUCUAUUUGACAUGAAACCAUUUGAAGAUGCCCUCAAGAACCAAGCAUCUGAGGCUGCAUUAAGUAAAUCCACCUCCACUGGAUGCACCAGUCCUCUUUUAUCCAGGGCAGCUGACUGUACUGUAGCCAAAGAGCUGAGUACAGAGCCGUGGUAUCAAGGAGAGAUGAGUAGGAAAGACGCAGAACAGCUGUUAAAGAAAUGUGGAGACUUCCUUGUGAGGAAAAGUACCACAAAUCCUGGCUCCUAUGUGCUGACAGGCAUGCAAAAUGGACAAGCCAAACAUCUUCUUUUGGUAGACCCAGAAGGAACUGUUCGUACAAAAGAUCGUGUCUUUGACAGCAUAAGUCAUCUCAUCAAUCAUCACCUUGAGAAUAAUUUGCCAAUAGUUUCUUCUGGGAGUGAACUCUGCCUGCAGCAGCCUGCUGAGAGGAAACACUGACUUCAGAUAACUGUUUUAGAUUUUGUAAUUUGAAAGCUAUAACUGGUGGAGUUCAGAUCUCAAAAAACAUGUACAUAAAAAAAAAAAAAAAAAAGGCAAAAAAAAAAAGCAUAUUUAAAUAUAUUUCACCAGUGUGUUUUCUUUAGGUUUAAAAAGCCCCAUUUCACACAGUACAAGUGAAAAUUCUUAGUGCUUUAUGUAGACAUGAAGUCACAGCAGAAGGCUUUCUUAAAAAGUAAUUUCAAUAAAAUUGUUCAGAUUCUCUAAUGUGAAUAUUGAUAGUGUAUAUAUACACAUUAUAUAUAUAAAUACAGUAUAUAUUUAUAUUUUUCAAGUCAGUCUGUUGAUGAUAUAGAACUAUCUUCUGUGCCAUGUGUUUUUACCAGAGGAAAAAUGCCAAUUGUGAUUGCUCAGAUAAAAAAAGAAUUCAGCAGUCUCAAUUUCUUGAGAAAAAGAAUAUUGGGAAUCUUAUUUCCAAUUCUACCUAAGAAGCACAACUAUGGGGAUAACAGGUAGAUUAUGCUGGUUAAACAUGAAAAGAGUCUGAAUUCAGCAGCUAGUAUUCCAACUCGGAAAUUUAGCAUAAAAUUAUUUUUAAAAGUGUUAUUUAGUGUCAUUGAUAUAAAAAGCAUUUUAUCUUUCUGAUGUCAAGUUUGAAUUCUUAUAUUAUGCUACCAAAAUAUUUGUAUUUUGCUUUAGCAAUGAUUUGGUGUGAUAUUUCUGUGUAUGAGGUGUGUGUAUUUGAGUUUUCUAAUGAUAAUAUAACAAUAUUCUGUAAUUUUAAUUUAUUUAUUGGAGUGUUAAGGUUAUUUAUAAAUAUUUCUCUGUUUAUGGUGAAGGUCUAGGUGACCUUCACUACCAGCCUCCAAUGAGAUGUUACAUACUGAUUAGGCAAGUUCAAGUAACUUGCGUUUAAUUGGUUAAAUGUGAGAGGUACACGGUUUUCAAAAACAUAUCUGAAAAACCUUUUCUGCUUAUAAGCAGUGAAAACUGUCAUGACUCAGUGGUCAGUUUUGCAAAUGAUGUCAUUUGCACUUACCUACCAAAGCAUAACUUGACUUUGUCCUUCAGAAAUAUACUGAAAAUAUACUGCAUUUCUCUAAAUAUCUAGUUGAAAAAUACACAUACAUUAAGGACGCAUUUCUGGCAGAAAUGUCCUUGGCUUUGGUACUGGGAAAUGUUUUAAGGAAGGUUUAUUCUGUUCAAACGCAAGCAUUAUAUGAAGUUAUUUUGCCAUUUUAUGAAGCUUAUCAGGAGCCAAAUUCAAUAUAUACAGUUCCUGUAAAGGAGAAGUUUGUGCCAGAGUCAUGAUUUAGCCUUCAGUGUUCCAAAGUCUUCCCUAGCACCAGCAUCUUGAAUGAAAUCUUCAGAAUUGAUUCAUAAAGGCCGAGAAUGGCAGGAUGAAUCUAGGUUAGGCAUCUGCUGACCCUGAAGUAGUCAAUAGUUAGAUCUACUUAAAAUUAGGCUCGGUUUUAAGAAUUUGCUAAGUUCAAAAAAUUUGUAAAUUAUAAUGAAACUGUCUGAAUGAUUAACUUUGAAUCUAUUCAGUUAGGGUCAUUAUAUUAGAAUUCUGAACUUUCUUGUACCUCCCGCUUUGAAAUAUGAUGAAAUUGCAAUUUGUGAAGUUUGGUUUUGGUUGAUUUCAAGAACAAAAAUUAUUGAGUUCCUAAGACUAAUCAUGUGAUCUGAGCAUUAAAAAUACACUUGGUUCUGUAAUGAAGGCAUUCAGAAGCCAAACUAAGACAUUAGUGAACCAGGUUGUUAUUAGCCGAUAUUUCUAGGUCUGGGUGGGAGCUGAGAGCAAAGGAAAUAAGUGAAAUGCUGCAUUGCAACCUAAAUUGUUAUGGCACUGCAGUUAUUGGAAUUCUUAAAAUUUGGGUUGUCCUUUUACCAGGUUGGAAGUCGCAAGGGAACUUCAGGAGAUCUUAUACCCCAAAGCAGUAUCCAUCAAAAUAACUUUCUUUAAGAGCAUCUAUGUCUCACCAUAAUCUCAGUCUGAAGUAUGUCAUUUGCCACCCUUUUUUAUCAUAUAUAACACUUGUCAUUCCAUACUCCCCACUCCCUACAGCCAUGUCCUGGAAAGUUUUUAGUGAGGUAUCACCAGCUGUAAGAGAAGUCCUCUCUUGUACUUCAACUGUUGUGUAUCCCUUCAGUAAGAGCUAGGCGCCUAACUCUCUUAGCUGCCUUCAAAAAUCCCACCUGCUGCCUAUAUCUGUUUUAGAUUCCUAAAUCUGUCAGUGUCUGUCUGGAAAAAUGUGACAAGAUAUAAGGGUAUGAAUGAAGGCACUAAACACACACCGAAAUAAGCAUCUAAAAUGUUUUACCACUGUCCAAGCUGUAGCUGUAAUAACCUAGCAGCUGCUUAGCUGCAUGUUUUGGUAAUAAAAGCAGGUGGCAAAGAGAAACAAAAUUAAACAGCUUGACAGAAAUAUUAAAUUCCCCAGAGUAUAUUUCACAAACCCUGCCCCCAGGAAAACAUGGCCAUUUUAAGCUGCUCUGCCAGCACAGCCGAUUUGCCCAGUUCAGCUUGCCCAUGGCUGAUGCAAAGGUUACGUAUGGCUGGAUCAGACACAGCUUGGUCCCGGGUAGUGGUAGUGCCUUUGGGCUGUGAGAGUGCCCUGCUGCCACAGUGGGCCAGCAGAUCCUGUCUGGCCAUGUGUGGUGAUCCACGGGCUCUUCCAAGUCACUGGGAACCAAAUGAUCUCAAAGCUGUCCAGAAGGAAGAUCAUGUGGGCCAAUCAAUGCUCCUUUUGUGGAUCCUGCUAUUGCUUUUUAUCACCGUCACUCUGGGAGAUUUGGCUUUCCCCUAUAUGAAAAUGGUAUAAAAACUGUAUAGCCAUUUGGCUAGCAGUUUGAAACCUGUUGUCAUUAAAGUCAAAGACCAUUUCACACUGAGCUCCACAGGAGCAAACUGAACCUGCUAGAGAGGCAGGGCUCAUUGUUGUGAGGAGCCAACACUGCCAGAGAGAUGUAGAAGUCACAAGACGGGCUCAAAUGCUGUGUGAUUGGCUGAAAACAGACAGCUGAGACCAUAAUAAUUCCAGCCUUUUAAUGCUUGCCUUUGGUUUUGAAUCUCCUCACCUUUGUUUUUUAUUCUCUUUUAUGCAACCCCAAAGGCUAGACUCUUGCUGGUCGUAAUUCAGUGCCAUGGCUUCAAGAGCCAGGAUUUUACUGAAAGGACAAAUUUACUAAACUCAAUAGAAAUCAUGCAGAUUAGACAAUGUUAUGGUAUCCUUUAAUAUUUUCCCAGAGGACAGCUGAGAAGUUAGAACUGAGAUUCUAAAUAUCAUGCAAGACUGUCAAGAUUUAUCUUGAGUACUAGUUGAUUAUCAGUUUUGAUUCCAGUUGUGUGGCACCUAUGUGAACUGUGUGCAAUGAAAAUGCAUUUGAUUCCUUUAAAGAAAGAACUUUCAGAAGUGAAGCAAAUGCCUCUGAUUUAUUUUAUCGCUGAUCUAGAUUAAUUAGUAGGUUAACAAAAUUUUCCAUUGAUGCUGGCUGUGAUAGACUGGACAUUGAGAUACAGUCAUGUUCUCAAACUUUCAGUUAUUUCACUUGCCUCACAAGCAAUGAAACCUCAAAAGCAGAAAAUGUGAUUCAAAAACUGAAUUACCUUCUGACUUCAGUGGGAAUUUGCUCAGUAUGAGGACUCCCAGGUUCCCUUCCCUAGUGCAAGAAGAGGAUGUUCAAAUUGGCCAUGCCUGGGUGGACACCAUAGGAGGAGAUGCAAUUUCCAUGGCUUACUGCCUGCCUUUCUGCCCAGGGCUUUGUGCACACGGUGACGAUAGAAGGUUACGCAGUAGCUUCCCUCCACAUCCUACAGGGUUCACAAAGGGAGAUAAUACCAGUUCUGCCAGAAACCUCCCUGCUGUACAUGUUCAAUACCAUCUUGAACAAAGCACAUCAUCCUGGGACCAGUAUUUGAUUGCAAAAUGUGCACUGUCACAGGAAGAAAAUAUUUACUAAUAGUCUGGUACAUGUCACCUGCCAGCACUAAAUUUUCUAUAUCCUGGGUUCAUUCUUUUUCUCCUUUGUAGAAUAAUAUGCUCACAUUUAUUGUCAUCAUGGUCCCCAAGCAUUAUGCUGUGCAGUAAGAUAAGAAUUUAUAAAAUCUAUACCACAGUGCAAUUGCUGCUGGCACAUCAAGUGCCAGAUGCCAGCUACAAUGUAUUCAUAAUAGAAUUGAUGCAUAUUUAGAUAUUUGAAAGUCGGAAAUGCUCCUUUUGAAAAUCAGCGGAGUUUUGCAGUCUCCAGGAAAUCUGCAGCUCUAAAGGGCAAAUUUGGUACUUGUGAAAGUUCUGAAAACAGGUUACAAAUCCUGCUUUCAAAAUUUUGUUCUUAGCAUCCAAUAUCUAUCUGAAGUAAGUGGCAGAACAAAUAAUGUAUAUUAAGUAAACCGCAUUUACAUAAACAAAGUCUAAGCUGAAAUAACAGACGCACUUCCCUUUUUAUCUUUCAGACACUUUCAAAAUACAUCCCCGUAAAAUCCAAAAUCAGAUUUACCUUAGUGCACUAUCAAAAAUGUGUUUAUUUGUACAGUGUUUUUGUCUGAACCUAGAGUUGCACUCUCCACAAAUCUAUGCUUGCUCAAAGCUGCCAGGAUAUGGGCAUAUGCCCACUAAGAGCUCUGUGCUCAGCUGUACUUACUCUACUCACUUGCAAGCAGUGUCUGUGGACCUUGGUUACAUCUGCAUUGGAUGCAGCUGGGAUGAGGGCACACCUGUGGAAAAGAAAACAUCGCCAUACAGUUUGCCUGCAGUUAACCAGAGGCUUGGAUAGGGAGUGGAAAGCUGUGUUGAGUGAGAAAGCCUCAGGGAUAAGAAAUGAAAUGUGAAGCCUGGAAACACAAGCCAAUAGGCAAAUAACAUACUAAUGAGAAUAGAGAGCUGUCACUAAGUUAUAAUCUUGGUAACUGGUCAAUAGGGUGAAAGCAGAACCUCUGGGGAGGGGAACAGCAAAAUACUUAGGCAACGCCUAUGGCUUUUCUCUUUUUGAGACAUUUAUGUUUAUAAGCCCUGAUUCGUUCUUCUGCAUCCUUCAGCAUACAAAUCUUGUAUGGCUCCCACUAUGAAAAAGCAGGGCUUUUUUUUUUUUUUUUGUUUCAGUAAGGGAAAUAAGAUUUCAGAGGUACACAUUUCUAGAAAAAGCACCAUACAGGGAAAAAACUAAAGAGUGUUUAAACCUUGUUUGACAACAGAACAGGUUGUGGAAAUAAAGAAGGUGGGUGACUCUUUCUGCUACCUCACUUUGUGGGAGACAGCACGGGUGACUCAGAAAAGGAAGGUAGCCUCAGAUUUUGAGGUUAAGAUGCAGAUUUACGUUUUUGUAGCUAUCAUGAUGGUCAAACAAUAUACAGGUCAAAUGACAGCUUUUUCCAGCAGUCCUCCUUUUUGUUCCAUGAGUCAAAAAACACCAAACACACCCAAAAUAAGUGAAAUUUUUUAUCAAGUGAAGAAUGGAAAGAUUUUAAUUGGUAUAUAUUUGUGUCCUUUUGUGGCUACAUUGGUGUGAUAACUGCUUCUCAGUGAAGUCCUGCAGAGUUAAACCUUGAAAGAAGCCACAUUUCUUCUUUUGAGGUAAAUGUUUUCCUUUGCAUUGUGUGGGCAGCAACAACAAAACAAAAAAGUGACUAUUUUGCUGUAAAAGAGCGUUUGACUGUACAUUUGUUAUUUAUUAAUAUUUAUUACUUUUAGAAAUAUUUUUAACUGAGAAUUGCAGGAAAAAUAAUGUAUGUGGAAAUAUUGUGAUCAUUUAUAUUCCCAAUGACUUUUGUGAAACUCAAGUUUUUGCCUGUUUGUUGAUUGUGGUAUUCUGGUUAUAGAGGCAAAUUUUGUCUCUGAGGAAGUCCUUGAGCAACAGAAUUUGGAAUAUAAGUGUCAUGCAACUGUUUUCUGAUUAUUCACUUUGUAUAUGAUUAACCAAAGUAAUAAAAUAAUGAGCACUAUUAUCAGACUGAAAUGCAUGUAAA